CCGCCUUGUCCCACCCUCUCUUUCCGGUGGCGGAGUCUAGAGACGACGCGCAGACAUGGCACCUCGCAAGGGGAAGGAAAAGAAGGAGGAGCAGGUGAUCAGCCUUGGACCUCAGGUGGCUGAAGGAGAGAAUGUCUUUGGUGUCUGCCACAUUUUUGCGUCCUUCAAUGACACUUUUGUCCACGUCACUGAUCUCUCUGGCAAGGAAACCAUCUGCCGUGUGACUGGUGGGAUGAAGGUGAAGGCUGACCGAGAUGAAUCUUCACCAUACGCCGCCAUGUUGGCUGCCCAGGAUGUGGCCCAGAGGUGUAAGGAGUUGGGCAUCACAGCCCUACACAUCAAACUCCGUGCCACAGGAGGAAAUCGGACCAAGACCCCUGGACCAGGGGCCCAGUCUGCCCUCCGAGCCCUUGCCCGUUCGGGGAUGAAGAUCGGGCGGAUUGAGGAUGUCACCCCCAUCCCCUCCGACAGCACCCGCAGGAAGGGGGGUCGCCGUGGUCGCCGUCUGUGAACAGGAUUCCGCAAAUCGAUGUUAUCUGUUAAUAAAUUACCUUCACAUAUACUAUUU